AUGGACACUGUCACUGUCACCAGUCCUCAGCCACGAAUCAAGCGGGCAAGCUUUGGCAUCCAGGGUAUGACAUGCAGUGCAUGCACCAAUGCGAUUCAAGACGCGUUUAAAGACCUCCCAACCGUUCAGACUGUCAACGUCAGUCUCCUCAACAAUUCUAUGACCAUCACUUUCGACGAAAACGGCCUGAAUACUGCUCAAAUCAUGGAAAUGAUCGAGGACCUCGGAUAUGAGCCAUCACAAUGGGAUAUGGCGGGCCAAGAGGAGCUCUCGUCGGCUCCUGACGAGCGUCAGGUCCAGAUCAUAUUUCACGGCUUGGAGAGCAAAGGAGAUAUCGAAGAGGUCAAUCGUUACCUCUCGGGACUUGGGCUCAUAUCCUUUACACCCAUUACAGAGAGCCGAGGAAUCACCACGCUCCGCUAUAUCCCCUCUUCAAUUCUAAACAUUCGAUAUAUUCUCUCGCGACCGCCGCAUCCUAUCACCGCAUCCAUUUAUCAGCAACCAUCCCUCCAUUCGCGCUCUAGAGAAAUACAGCGCAAAGAGGCCAAAAGAAUGCUUAGGCUAUUUCUAGCUUCAGCAGUUUUCGCCAUUCCUACCUUCGUCAUCGGCAUUGUUGGAAUGCUACUUCUUCCCCGUGACAAUCGCUUUCGCCAGUGGUGCCAACGUACAGGAUGGUGGGGAGGUGCUAGUCAUGCAGUCAUCCUUCUUUGGAUCUUCGCUACAAUUGUACAGUUCGGCAUUGCGCGGAUAUUCUUCAUUCAUGCGUGGGGCUCACUGCGUUUCCGCCGGCAUUGGUCGACUCUAUUUCGGUUCGGUAACAUGAACCUUCUGGUUGCUCUAUCGACUGGUGUCGCAUAUAUCGCCAGCGUGGUGAUGCUGGUCAUCGAUAUUAGGACUGAGCCUCACAUGACAGAAAUGUCCGGAGAAAUGCGCUCGUAUUUCGACUCGUGUGUCUUCCUCACCUUUUUUAUCCUCGCUGGCAAAGCGCUGGAAACUCGUGCGCGACUAAAGACAGGAGACGCCAUCGCAAUGCUAGGUCAACUCCGUCCAGAAAGGGCUCUACUCCUAGGAAACGAGCCUCAAAGUCCAGUUGACCUCAAGUCUCAGCAGACUGAAGAUGUCUCUGUCGACAUGCUCGAGCUCGGAGAUCAUAUACUUGUUCGCCCAGGAUCUAUCCCUCCAGCAGACGGCACCGUCCUGGAAGGCACGACGACUGUCGACGAAUCUUCCCUUACCGGCGAGUCGGUACCCGUACUCAAGAGCCCGGGAGAUCCCCUUCUUUCUGGGACCGUCGUCGUAUCAAGUGCGGUUGUUAUGCGCAUAGAUCAUCUUGGCGAGGAAACGAUGCUCCAACAGAUCGUCCGAGCCGUGGGCGAAUCACAAAAUACUAAAGCGCCCAUCGAGGAGCUUGCUGAUCGCAUCACCGCCGUUUUCGUCCCAGUCAUAAUCUACAUUGCCAUUAUCGUCUCUGUCCUGUGGCUCUCCCUCGCCCUAACACCGGGCGGUCUGCCAGUAGGAUAUAUACCAAAGGACAAGACCCAGACAGCGGAUAGGGUCUUCUUUGCCCUCGAGUUUGCCAUUGCCGUUCUCGCUGUCGCAUGCCCGUGUGGGAUCGGGCUGGCUGCACCCGCAGCACAAGCCGUAGGGUCAGGCAUGGCAGCAAAAGCGGGUAUUCUCGCACAAGGGGGCGGAACAGCAUUUCAGCUGGCAACAGAAGUCGAUGUCGUGGUGUUUGACAAGACUGGUACGCUUACACAAGGGCAGCCGACAGUCGUCCAAUCGAUUGUUACGCAAACACCCUCUUGGAUAUUGGAUGCCGUCGUGGCUAUUGAGCAGACUUCAACGCAUCCAUUGGCUGCUGCUCUUGUGCGGUAUGUCGAAGGCAAGCGUAGCGCGGUGGAGAAGCCAGCCAUAGAGGGCAUCGACAUCCGGGAGAUUGAGGAGAUUGCUGGCAAGGGAGCACGGGGCCAACUUCACAUCCAGGACAAGAAAUUCGAAUUCCGAUUGGGAAAUCGCGCAAUCAUCGAUGAUGCAACCUUCACAGCAGAGACCCAAGAGCAAAGACAUCAAGAUGUCGAGACGUGGAAGCGACAAGGAUACUCUGUCGUCUACUUUGCAAUCUCGCAUAAUUUCUCGCCAUUCGAUAUCGUUGCUGUUUUCGCCAUCGCCGACCCACCGCGACCAGAGGCCAAGUCUGUCAUCGCAUCAUUGAAGCGAAUGGGCAAAGAAGUGUAUAUGCUCAGUGGAGAUAACGAGGUCACCGCACGCACCGUUGGACGUGAAUUAGGUAUUGAUACCAACCAUGUCGUCGCCGGUGUCUUGCCGCAUGAAAAGUCCAAAUUUAUCCAGGAAUUACGACAGCCCAAUAGGGUGGAGAAGGAUAGUAAAAUAGGAGGACAAAAGGAGCGGAGUAGGGUCGUAAUGUUUGCAGGGGACGGGUUGAACGACUCUGCGGCUGUGGCAACUGCCGACGUCGGCGUCGCAUUCGCCCAUGGAUCGCAAGUGACAUUGACCAGCGCGUCCUUUGUUCUCUUGCAGACACAAGCUCCGCUCGAGGGUGUCCUCAACAUUCUUCGAUUGUCACGCCGAGUGUAUCGAAGACAAAAGUUUAACUUUGCAUGGGCAAUGAUUUAUAAUAUUAUCCUGAUUCCUCUCUCUGCUGGCGCGUUCUAUCCCCUCAAUCAUACACGUAUUCCGCCUGUGUGGUCCGCAUUGGCUAUGGCGCUCAGCAGUGUCAGUGUCGUUCUCAGUAGUUUGGCUCUUCGCUGGGGUUUGUAA